AGCGCCCGCGGGCCUCGGGCGGUUAUAAAGAAGAAAAUACCACUCUUUCUGUCAAAAUGAAGUGUGAUUUUAAAUGUAACCAUGCUCAUUCUGGACUUAAACCAAUAAAACCUGAUGAUGGAAGACUGGGUUCCUACACUCCUGCAUAUUUGGAAGAUUCUUGUAAAGACUCCAUUAAAGACUAUGAAAGGUUAUCAUAUAUUGGAUCACCGAUUGUGAGCCCUAGAAGUAUAGAACUUGAAACAGAAAGCAAGCCCUUCCAUAACAAGGAAAAUCAACAUGUGCAACAAACACUUAAUAGUUCAAAUGAUAUAGAAGAGUUAGAGACCAGUAGACUUAAUGAAGACAGUGGCUAUUCCUCAUUUUCUCAACAGAGUAUCUUUAAUGAACAUGAAGAGGGUAGCCUCCUGCUGGAAAAUUACAGUGACAGUCCCCAAUCCUGCCUACUACAGACCCAAAGCCCAGACCAAUAUCCCAACAAAAACUUGCUGCCAAUUCUUCAUUUUGAAAAAGUGGUUUGUUCAACAUUAAAAAAGACUGCCAAGCGAAAUCCUAAGGUAGAUCGGGAGAUUCUGAAGAGGAUUAUAUGCAGUGGAAAUUUUAGACUACAGAAUAUAAUUGGCAGAAAAAUGGGCCUAGAAUGUGUUGAUAUUCUCAGUGAACUCUUUCGAAGAGGACUCAAACAUCUCUUAGCAAAUAUUUUAACACAGCUCAGUGAUAUGGACUUAAUCAAUGUGGCUAAAGUGAGCACAACUUGGAAGAAGAUUCUAGAAGAUGAUAAAGGGGCAUUCCAGUUGUAUAAUAAAGCAGUACAAAAAGUUACUGAAAACAGCAUUAAGUUUUCACCACAUGCUUCAACUAGAGAAUAUGUUAUGUUCAGAACAGCAUUAGCUUCUGUUCAAAAAUCAGCAGUCCAGACUCUCCCAAAAAAAGAUACGCUAGCAAACUUAUCCAGUCAAGCUGAUCAGAAGGGUUCUACAUACAGUCGACACAGUGAGUUCUCUGAGGUGGCUAAGACUUUGAAAAAGAAUGAAAGCCUCAAAGCCUGUAUUCGCUGUAAUUCACCUGCAAAAUAUGAUUGCUAUUUACAACGAGCAACCUGCAAACGGGAAAGCUGCGGAUUUGAUUAUUGUACGAGAUGUUUGUGUAAUUAUCAUGCCACCAAAGACUGUUCUAAUGGCAAGCCCCUAAAAGCCAGUUCUAAAAUGGGACCUCCACCUGGCACUAAAAAAAGCAAAAAGAAUUUAAGGAGAUUGUAAUCUUAAUUAAAUCAAUUGUGAAUGGCCAUGAAGGUUAGUUAGAUGUUAGGUUUUAAUUUAAAAAAAAAUAAUAAAUAAAAAUAAAUGUACUGAUAUUCUGUUUUAUGUUGAAAUCAGUGUAUUAUGUGGGGUUUUUUGCCCUCUUUAUAGAGGGCACACAACCUCUUAAAGUAUUUUAUAAUGUAAUGGCAAAAAAUUUAAAUGUGUCACUAUAAAUCAGAAAAUUUAUGUAAAUUUUAAGAAAAAAAGGAAAACUAGUGAGACAGUUAUCUGAUAUUUGUAAUUAAGAGGGUAAAAUAAAAUUGGUUGAAUUUUAAAGUAAAGGAUGUAAUUUUACCUAUACAAUCAUAAAUUUAAAACUUGAUUAUUUGGGGCAUUUUAUUUGCCUUACCAAAUUAGUACCAGUUGAACUAUCAACUUCUGUAGUCUGUUAAUUUAAAUGUUUUAUCACCUUACCUUUCAUUUUCAGUGUGUUUCCCCCCAAAACUGCUUUUGUGAAAUCUUGUUUUCCUUAUUUCUUCCUUAUUUCUAAUG